AUGCGUGGUGAACUCCUCCCUCGAGUUCCGCCAACCCAACGGUCCAGCACCAAGGACUUGUGGGACGCUGUUCAUCCCUGCUCCACUCGCUCUGCGGCUCCCGGAGGUUGUGGUUGUGUUACGAAAGCAGACCCUACCAAGCUGGUAGAGAAGAUGCUGCGCACCCCCAAGUGCUCCCGGUGCCGGAACCAUGGCUUCCUGGUGCCGGUCAAGGGCCACGCGGGCAAGUGCCGCUGGAAGGAGUGCGCCUGUGAGAAAUGCUACCUGAUCAGCGAGCGCCAGAAGAUAAUGGCUGCGCAGAAAGUGCUCAAGAGGCAGGCGUCCGAGGAGGAGCAGGAGGUGGCCCUGGGCGCUCAGGGGCCUGAGCGGGCCACUGGGGCUGCGGCUGCGGUCCCGGGCUCAAGCCUCCGUCGGCUGCAGCCCGCCGCUUCACGGGACUCGGAGCCCAGAUCCCACGGCGGUGCGACCUCUGGCUUCCCCGAGAGGCCUCCACGGGGCCCGAGUCCGGGCCCGAGCGCCUUCCACCCGGUUGUGAGCGGCCGCAACCACGUGGGGCCCAGCGAAGGAGCCGCCGCUGCGAUGUCCAGUUCUAUGGGGCCCCAGCUCGAAGCGGAGGCCGCGGGCAGGGGAUGUCCUGGACACCUGGAGCUGCGUAGGCCUCUGUGGCCUGUGCCCAGCCAGCCGUUCGCCGACUUCGGGCUCCCUCCGAGCAUGAACUUGGAUUGUGUGGUGGGCUCUGAGUACCUGGAGAGAGAGCCUUCCAAGCUGUACCCCAGCUGCUCCAGUAUGCACUCCUACUGCCCAGUCCCGCUGAGCUACCAGGAUGCGUCCCCGGUCCCAGGGAUCCCUCUGCAGCGAGGCUUCCGGCACGUGUCCUGCAACCACCACCAUGGAGGAGGCUUGGUGUCAGAACCCGUGGGAGACUUCCAGCCAAGCUACUACCCUCCCACCCCACCGCCGCAGCAGCCCCAGUUCCUCCCUCCAGGCUUCCUCUCUGCGCUCCACUUCCUCCCGCCACCACCUCCACCGCCGCCACCAUCAUCUUUCUCACUGACUGUCCUGUCUGACACGGACAAGGAAAGCACUGAUGACCAGGAUGCGGAGACACCAUGUGAGUCCAGCCAGCCGUCUUCUCAGGAGCAGCCCAACUAA